AUGUUUGGAUUAGAUUGGCCUGAACCAUUGGUCACAUUUGCUCUUUCAUGUGGAAGUUGGUCCUCCCCUGCGGUGAGAAUCUACACUGCUUCUCAAGUAGAGCAGCAGCUUGAAGACAGCAAGAGGGAUUACUUGCAAGCUGCGAUUGGCGUUUCAAUGCCGAGCCGAUUGGCAAUACCGAAGCUUUUGGAUUGGUACCUCGUUGAUUUUGCAAAAGAUAUGGAGUCUCUAAUGGAUUGGAUUUGCCUGCAACUGCCAACAGAACUAAGGAAUGAUGCAGUUCAGUGCCUUGAAAUGGGUAGGAAGAGUGCAAUUCCUCAGCCAAUACAAGUGCUUCCAUAUGAGUUCAAAUUCAGAUACCUUUUGGAGCCAUAGCCGUCUCUCUUCAAUUUGCUUAACACAAAUAUGAUCGAACAUUCUCAAGCAUUGUUUGGUUUUUGCUUACAUGUUCAUAAUUAACG